GUUGGAGCAUCGCGGCAUCAUCGUUUUCUUUUCCGUUUUUCUAAUCGGAAUUUACAGACACGAAGAAGAUGGCGAGAUUGGUCGCUUCCUUUCUCCUAUCCUCCAUGCUCGUCACCACUGCUAUUGCUGCCAGCAUCUUCAGCGUCAAAUCCAAAUACGCCGGUCAGGAACGUUCUCUGGCUGCUUUCAAGGAGCAUGAUAGUCUCCGCCAGCUCCGAAUCCUCGCCGUCGCCGGCGUUGAUCUCCCUCUAGGUAGCUCCGGUCGCCAUGACGCCGUCGGGCUUUAUUAUGCAAAGAUUGGAAUUGGAACACCUACGAAGAACUACUAUAUGCAAGUAGAUACAGGAAGCGACCUCAUGUGGGUUAAUUGCAUUCAGUGUAAGGAAUGCCCCAAAAGAAGUUCUCUCGGUAUAGAUCUUACACUGUAUGACAUAAAUGAUUCGUCCACUGGGAGAAUGGUUUACUGUGAUCAAGAAUUUUGCCAGGAGAUAAAUGGAGGUCAAUUGAAUGGUUGUAAAGCUAAUAUGUCAAUGUCAUGUCCAUAUCUUGAGAUUUAUGGAGAUGGGAGCUCCACUGCAGGAUACUUUGUAUCAGAUGAUGUACAGUAUGAUCGUGUGUCUGGUGAUCUUCAAACAACAGCAGGAAAUGGAAGUGUGAUAUUUGGGUGUGGUGCUAGGCAAUCUGGGAAUCUAGAUUCAUCUAAUGAAGAAGCACUUGAUGGGAUACUUGGUUUUGGAAAAGCUAAUUCAUCAGUAAUAUCUCAGCUUGCUGCAUCUGGAAAAAUGAAAAAGAUGUUUGCACAUUGUUUAGAUGGAGUCAAUGGAGGUGGUAUCUUCGCUAUUGGUUAUGUUGUGCAACCAAAAGUUAACAUGACGUCUUUGAUACCAAAUCAGCCACAUUACAAUGUCAAUAUGACGGCAGUUCAAGUUGGUGGUGAUUUCCUAAAGUUUACAACAGAUUUAUCUGAGGUAGGGGAAAGAGGGACAAUAAUAGACAGUGGAACAACCUUGGCCUAUCUCCCAGAAAUGAUUUAUGAGCCAUUAGUCAAUAAGAUAAUUUCUCAGCAGCCUGAUUUGAAGGUCCGCACUCUUCACGAUGACUAUACCUGCUUUCAAUAUUCUGAGAGUCUCGAUGAAGGAUUUCCAAAUGUAACUUUUUAUUUUGAAAACUCAGUUUUCUUGAAGGUCCAUCCACAUGAAUACCUAUUCCCCUAUGAAGGUUUUUGGUGUAUCGGAUGGCAAAAUAGUGGAAUGCUAUCUAAAGAUAGAAGAAACAUAACCCUCUUGGGAGAUUUAGCUCUUUCAAACAAGCUUGUUUUAUAUGAUCUAGAAAAUCAGGUUAUUGGAUGGACAGAGUACAACUGCUCCUCAAGCAUUCAAGUGAAGGACGAGCAGACAGGAACAGUACAUCUAGUAGGUUCCCACUCAAUUCCUUCUGCUUGCAACCAGAAUGCCCCAUUUGUUAUAAUUUUCAUUUUCUUAACGACAUUGCUGCAUUAUCUUUUUAACUGAUAUAUGCCAUAGAUAGUGCAAUAGACCAGUAGUCAUUAAGAUAAAGCGAAAUUCCAUAUAAAAUGAGAAUGAAGAGAUUUGUCAGGACAUAGUGCAUCGAAAACUUGACAUGACCUUGUACAUAGAUCUCCCUAGUUUGUCUCCAGCGCAAGUCUAGGGUGAAUACCUUGAAUUUGAGCUGUACAUUCGCUGUGUGUUUUCUUUUCCAUUUUUCCCUGCCGUAGUGAACUUGUGGAAAUUCAGGAAAGAUUACUAAGUUCACAGAGUCUGAAUUAUUAUUAUUAUUAUUAUUAUUAUGUACAUUGUCAUGCUAGAGUGGAUUUAUGACAGUUUGUAACUUCUGUAAACGCACAUCUAAUUAAGGAAUUGGGGUUAAGGCAAAACCUUGCCUCAAAUUAUUAAGGAAAAUUGUAAAUUUUACUCUCG